UUCAAAAUUUAUGCAAACAUGUAUUUUUAAGGGUAAUAUUGGUUUUCGACCAGAGAUUUUGAACAAUUUGCAUGAUCAGAACACUGAUAGUUAUCAAACAUUUCCAAAUCGACAACAGAUUGAGUAUCAAAAUGACGAAACGCUGUUUAUUUAUCUAUCUUUUAAAGCGAUGAUUAUUAAUAGUAAACGUCAGAAAGUAACAAACGAUCUUGUUGAAAAAUGUGUGAUCGAUACUAAAAUUAAACAUCAUCCCAAAUUGUAUAAUAUCAAUAAAUGGACUGAUGCUAUCAGACGAAAUUUUGAAAAUGGUAUGGAAGUAACGGAUGAUUUGUGUCGUGCAUCAAUGGCAUACACAAAUGAUCCGUCACAAGCUGCAAAUUAUUGCCGUCAAAUAAUAGGAGAAAAAAAACCAAACUUAUAUUUGGAAAUUGCUCGCAGUAACGAUCCAUUUCGCACUUCGCUGUCUUACUUCAGUAAUCAAUUGAAAAAAUUGAAUACCGAUUUGGACAUGAAUUCAAGACGAGACUCAACAUCAUGGGAAAAACUGUGUGAAGUUAUUCGGCAAAUUCCGGAAGAACAAACCGACGUAAACUGA